CCUCCCAGCAGGGAGAAGCCCUUCCUGUGCUUGGAAUGUGGGAAGAGCUUCAGGAAGAGCUCCAACCUGAUCCGACACCAGCACAUCCACACUGGGGAACGGCCCUACCUGUGUAGGGAAUGUGGGAAGAGCUUCAACCAAAGCUCCAGCCUCCGCAAACACCAGCGCAUCCACACUGGUGAACAGCCCUACAUGUGUGGGGAAUGUGGGAAGGGUUUCAGGACUAGCACCACCCUCCUCACCCACCAGCACAUCCACACUGGGGAACGUCCAUACACAUGUGGGCAAUGUGGGAAGAGCUUCAGUUACUGCUCCAGCCUGAUCCGGCACCAGCACAUCCACACCGGGGAACGGCCCCACACGUGUGGGGAAUGUGGGAAGAGCUUCAGUCAAAGUUCCUGCCUCCUCACCCACCAACGCAUGCACACUGGGGAACAACCCCACACUGGGGAACGGCCCCACACAUGUGGCGAGUGUGGGAAGAGCUUCAGGUACAGGUCCAGCCUCCACGUGCACCGUCGCAUUCACACCGGGGAACAACCCUACAAGUGUGUGGAGUGUGGGAAAAGCUUCAGGGUCAGCUCCAGCCUCCGCUCCCACCAGCUCAUCCAUACCGGGGAACGGCCCUUCAAGUGCUUGGAAUGUGGGAAGGGGUUUCAGACCAUCUCAGAUCUCCUGAAGCACAAGCCAACACACACAGGGGAGUGGGCCUUCCACUGCACCGACUGCGGGAAGGGCUUCAACCGGAACUCCACCCUUGUCAUCCACCGGCGCAUCCACACCGGGGAGAGGCCCUACAAGUGUGGGGAGUGUGGGAAGAGCUUCACCGACAGCUCUGGCUUGACUCAACACCAACGGACCCACUUGUAAGGGAAGCCCUGACUGCAGGAAGAGCUUUGGCCACUGCUUCCACCCCGAAUGAAGCCCCUGAUGGUGAGGCAACCCCUGGAGUCCAGUGACUUUCAGUAGUUUAGUGGAAGUAGACUCUAAAAGCAGCAACCCUCACUCCCUCCCUUACAUCCCUUUC